GUUCGCAAACACAUUCAUAAAACAUAACCUCAUAAAUGUCAAAUUUGGCAAUAACAUAACCUAUAAAAAAGUUAAAAACAAUCCUGUUUGAAUUUCUUUUCGCCUUAAUUUAACAAAGAAUUAGAUUUAAUCAUGAAUUUGGACCCGAAUAAUAAGGAUACAAGCUCGGAAUUAUCACAAUUGGACGAAACGAGUCUUUUGGUGAUUAUAUUGGAUACAAAUCCAGGGCAAAGGGUUUUAAGAGAAAAUCCUCACUUUUUGACUCAAUACACCGAUUCGGUGAUAGCGUUUGCUAACGCACAUUUAAUGCAAAAAGCUCACAAUAAAUUAGCAGUGAUGGCAUGUCAUUCACGAGUUAGUGAAUUUAUUUAUCCGGUACCUGGAAAACCUUUAGAUAUACGUCAAGUGGAUGGUCAAUACGAAGUUUUUACGCUUGUAGAGAAAACUGUUAAGCAAAAUUUAGCUAAAGUAUUAACUUCAGAGAGUUCUACAAUUUACUCGGAAAGUUUAUUGUCAGGAGCUGUUGCAAUGGCUUUGUGUUAUAUUGCAAGGAUACAACGAAUUAAACCACCAGGGUGUAAAGUGAACAGUAGAAUUCUGGUUAUAACAGGAAGUGGAAACUCUGCUUCACAAUAUAUGAAUUACAUGAAUGUUUUUUUUACUGCUCAAAAACAAGGGGUUGUAAUUGAUGUGUGCACAUUAGAUCAACAGUUAAGUUUGUUACAGCAAGGUUGCGAUAUAACUAAUGGGUUGUAUUUGAAGGUGCCACAAAUACAGGGAUUAUUACAAUAUUUAUUGUGGGUGUUUUUACCAGAGCCUCCAAUAAGACAAAAAUUAGUUCUUCCCCCUCCAGUUAAAGUUGAUUAUCGAGCAGCAUGUUUUUGCCAUCGUGAACUCAUCGACGUUGGAUAUGUUUGUUCUGUUUGCUUAUCAAUAUUUUGUAAAUUCAGCCCAAUAUGCACAACUUGUCAUACUGUAUUUAAAAUACCAGGACCAUUAGCUGCAAAAUCGAAAAAGAAGAAAAUUAAGUUAUAAUCUUGCAAUUAUUAAUAAAAAAUUUGUGAACAAUAAAAACGUUAUAUUGUUUAUAAAGUUAACAAAAAUAAGUUAUUUUAAACAAUAAUAGGAAAAUCAUCAAUUUUUUCAAUCUCAUUUUCUUCAACAUCCACAACAUUUGUAUCAUUUUCUUUCUCCAAUUUACAAUAAACAUUAAUAUUAAUUGCGUCAACUGCCACAGCGCAAAAUUGGGUGCAAGUAUGAUUUAAAAAAGCAGCGCCACAAAUCGGGCCAUCUUCAUUAAGUACUGAAAAUAAUAAUUGAGCCUGAAAUAAUUUUUUUAUUUACAAUUAAAUUGAUAUUUAAGUUAGCAUAUUUGUUAC